GCCGUUUUGCUCAGUCACCAUUCGCGCCUCAGUGCGUGAAUGUUUAAGAGAGGAGGUUAUUUUUGUCGGCACGAUCUCCAAAAUUGUUGCAAAAUAAUUUUUCGAAACAACCUUCAUGUCAGCGCUGUAUUUGUUAGCAUAGCGGCGACUAAAAAUAAAAGUGAAGAUUCCUACAAGUGUUAAUCGUACCGAGAAAUAAUAUUGGAGGAGAUAGUGCGCUUAACCUCUGGUACCAAGAUACGUCUUGCGAAUAAAUUAAUUGUAAAUUUAGCGUACCGUGAACAUGGCAUUCGCGUUAAAGGGGAUCGGUGGCAUAUUUCUGCGCUUCAGCGCAGUUCCGCGAGCCACUCGAGGAUCUAUAAAAAUAUCACGAGUAUGCGCCGUUAAUUUCUCUAUCAAAACAAAUAUUCCGGAAGUAGAAGAGGAGACUGAAAAGUUAAAAGCACCAGUGGGAAAUGGUAAAGUGUUUAAAAAUAUAGAGGCAGCUGUAUCCGAUGUGCACGAUGGAGCCAAACUCUUAGUUGGUGGUUUUGGUCUCUGUGGCAUUCCGGAGAAUUUAAUAGCAGCUUUGCUAAAGAAGGGCUCUAAGGAUCUAACAGUAGUCUCGAACAAUGCUGGAGUCGAAGACUUUGGGCUAGGUAUAUUGCUGAAGGAGCACAGAAUAAAGAGAAUGAUUGCCUCGUACGUGGGCGAAAAUCCUGAAUUCGAGAGGCAGUAUCUCAGCGGGCAACUGGAGGUCGAGUUAACGCCACAGGGCACUUUGGCGGAGCGCGUGAGGGCGGGUGGCGCGGGCAUUCCGGCCUUUUACACCCCCACGGCCUUCGGCACGAUCGUGCAAGAGGGUAAUGUCAUCGUAAAGUACGACAAGAACGGCAACGCCGAGAUAUCGGGCGAGCCGAGGAACGUGAACCAGUUUGACGGACGCAACUACGUGCUGGAAACCGCGAUUACCGGUGACUUUGCACUGAUAAAAGCGUGGAAGGCCGACACCGCCGGCAAUCUAGUCUUCAGGAAGUCUGCCAGGAACUUCAACCCCGUGAUGUGCAAGGCAGCGAAAGUGGCGAUCGUCGAGGUGGAGGAGAUCGUGGCGAUCGGGCAGCUGGACCCCGAUCAGAUUCACCUGCCCGGCGUUUUCGUCGACAGGAUCGUGAAAGGCCCGUCUUACGAGAAACGAAUCGAGAGACGCUCGACGAAGCAAACCGUCAAGCCGAAGAAAGUGACCCCGGCUAGUAAAGCGAGGGACAGAAUUAUCCGACGUGCCGCCCUCGAGUUUAAGGACGGAAUGUACGCGAAUUUGGGAAUUGGCAUACCCAUGCUUGCUAGCAAUUACAUCCCGAAGGGCGUGAAUGUGACGUUGCAAUCGGAGAAUGGUAUUCUUGGACUGGGUCCCGUCCCAGAGACCGAAUCUGACGUCGAUGCCGAUCUCAUCAAUGCCGGAAAGGAAACCGUCACGGUUCUACCCGGUGCUGCAUUCUUCAGCAGUGAUGACAGCUUUGGCAUGAUUAGAGGGGGACACAUUGAUUUAACCAUCCUCGGAGGCAUGCAAGUAUCGGAGAACGGAGAUUUGGCUAACUGGAUGAUACCAGGGACGAUGGUGAAAGGGAUGGGUGGUGCCAUGGACCUUGUCUCCGCGGCGAGAACGAAAGUAGUGGUAACGAUGGAGCACAAAGCCCGCGACGGGAGCCCGAAAAUUUUGAAGAAUUGCACUCUGCCUGUUACAGGCCAGCAAUGUGUAGAUGUAAUUAUCACAGAUCUGGGAGUAUUCGAAGUGGUAAAAGGAGAAGGAUUGAAGCUUGUCGAGAUCGCCGCUAAUGUCGACAUCAGCGAGGUCGUCAGUUCGACAGGCUGUGAGUUCAGCGUUGCAGAUGAUCUUAAAGAGAUGAGACAAGUCGAGGUUGACGAAUAAAUUUAAUAUAUUUUGCAAAUUGUACAAAGUACAUAAACAUGUAAAAUAAUUCAACUCUUUAUUAACUGUUUGAAAGUGAAUUUUAAUAUCUUCUGUAAACUAUACACAAGUUUCUUAACAUAAAAAUGCACCAUACGAUCUUGUACAGAAAAAAAAACGUUAAAGCUAUGCGAUUUUAAAUAUGUAAUAUAAAUGAGAGAACAGAGUUUUGUUAAUUACGAUGACGUAAUAAUGCUGCUAUAUUUUUUUCUAUUUUGUUUUCUAUAAAUAUCGAAAGUUUAUGUAAUAUAUCGUUACGCAUUCAAAUUAUUAAGUAAAAAUUGGUUACAUUAU